CCUGCGCGGGGGAGGGGUGUUUGGCCCGUCGCCAGGCGCCCAGGCCCCGGGUUCCGGGUUGGGUUCCGCUGGCACUCGCUGUCGCCAUGCAGUACACGCCGGCCUUCCUGCUCUUGCUCCUCCUCCUGGCCAUGUCUGCUCCCUCCCAGGCCUGGUCUCGGCCCCUGUGGUACCAGGUGGGGCUGGACUUGCAGCCCUGGGGGUGCCAGCCAAGCAGCCUGGACGGCUGCGGGGUCAGCCUGGGCUGUCCCGGCCAAUGGCUGGGCCUGGGGAUGAACCCCAUCUACUCGGUGACGGGGGUCAUGCUCACCAGCGCCAUGAUGCUGAUGGUGGGCCGAAAGGUGCUGCAGCGGCGGUGCCCGCAGGGCGCCAGGAGCGAGCUCCUGCAGGUGCCCGCUCACACCCCUGGACUCGGUAAGCGGCGGACCCCCAUCUCCGACCAUGCCCUUCUGGUCACGGUCCUGCACAUGUUGGACGCCCUCCUGGCCCAAAUCCAGGGCCACCUGCAGCAUCUGGCCGCGCAGCAGCCCCGGCCAAUAAAGGGCACUCCCACCCCGUGUGGGUGAUGAACACGCCUCCGUGGUGGGCCCUGGGGGGGAGGGGGGCCGAGGCGCUGGGCCCGGCUGGGACUGUGUGUCUGUCUCCCUGGUCCCCUCCUAUGUGUU